AUGCUGUCACGAGCUGCUCGCCCGGCCUUGCGCGCUGGCUCGGUGGCCACAUUCCGACCAGCAACUGCCGCCGUCCCUGCCUUCCAAAAUGCCAACUAUGCGACACUCCGAGAGAUUGAGGGCCGCCUCAAGUCCAUCAAGAACAUCCAGAAGAUCACGAAGACUAUGAAAAUCGUCGCCUCCACCAAGCUCUCCAAGGCCCAACGCGCCAUGACUGAGUCCCGCUCCUACGGCAAGACCUCCAACGCCGUCUUCGACGAGGCAGAGACCAAGCCAGUGGAGUCCGAGAACAAGAAGGUGUUGCUCGUCAUCUGUAGCUCCGACAAGGGCCUCUGCGGUGGUGUGCACUCCGGUCUUUCGCGUGCGGCGAGGCGGAUGAUGAACGAAGAGCCGGCGGACUACGAUGUUGUGGUUAUUGGCGACAAGUCGAAGGCGCAGAUCAGCAGGAGCAACCCGAAGGACAUUGUGUUGAGCUUCAACUCCAUUGGCAAGGACGUGCCCUCUUUCGCGGAUGCGCAGGCCAUUGCGGACCAGAUCAGCUUGUUGCCGGGCGAUUAUGCGCAAACCAAGAUCAUGUACAACCAGUUCGACAACGCACAGAGCUACCACCCGGUCACCCUUGAGGCGUACGAUGAGGAGUCUAUCACUCAGUCACCCAACUUCACCGCCUUCGAAAUCGACGACGAAGUCCUCGCGAACAUGCGCGAAUAUUCCCUCGCCAACAGCCUCUACUGGGCGCUUGCCGAAGGCCACGCCGUGGAGAUCUCCGCUCGCCGCAACGCCAUGGACAACGCGACCAAGAACGCCGGCGAGAUGAUCGACAAGUUCACCAUUCUCUACAACCGAACGCGACAGGCUGUGAUUACCGGCGAGUUGGUGGAGAUUAUCACUGGUGCUACUGCAUCGGAGGACAUGUGA